AUGAUUCUGGAAGAACUAUUUGGUAGUUUUGUGUCAGUUGUGUCGAGUGUGAUAAUUAAAACACCGGCGAUAACCCGAGAAAAUCUGAAAAGGGAUUACACUUUGAUAUUUGAAGAAAAUCCUGAGCGAGACGAAGUGUACGAUGGCUUAAUACACCGGGAGUAUGAGCAAGAGACACCGACGGCAUUGCCUUAUUAUGAAGAAGAUGUAUCUGUUUUAGUGCAAGCUAAUGAACAACCACAGCGAAAUUUCUGCGAAUCAUUUCUCCGAAGUUUUAAAGCAAAUGUUGGACUAAUAAUAGUGGCUGUUUUCAUAUUAGGCUUGCUCACAAUUGGGGUUGUGUUGGUGGACUUGAUAACCACUAACGCAUGUAUAGAAUGGGUUCUGCAUAAGAAUCUCACUAUUCCAAGAAACGUAGAGAUCUUGCAAACUGUUGGAGGCUGUGCCACAUUUCUACCUUUGUUUGCAGCGUUUCCGGUAUGCGUCGCCAUGUUGUGGGGUUUCAAAGAGUUUAGAAAGAAUUAUUUAUUACGUUUAUUUGUCUUACAGUUAGUAAUAGGAUCCUUUGCAUGGUCAUACAGAAUUUACGUAGCUGAUAAGCUUGCAGCUACCAUUGGCGGUUAUAACAAAUACAG